ACUUUUGCUCUCUCAGAAUAUCCUCCCCUAUACGUGUUCCGAGUAAGGUCGUUCUCGACCAUCCAGCUAUGGAGUAAUUAGGGCAAUUAGCUAAGUAGCUGAAUGUGAAUGGGCUUGCUCGGCGCUCUGGGGGCGCCUAAUUAUGCAGGCGCAUUCAAUAAAAGGCAGCGGGGGUCAAAUGGGUGGGCAAGGCACAAAAGGAGGGGCAGGGACUGUGAGGAGGGCCAGGAUUCAAAUUCUAAGUGGUGUGUUGUCCCCCCAUUGUCAGUGGGGUAUAAUAGCGAGGGGUUCAAACUGGCCGCAGGGCUUUGGAGAGCUGGCAUCAGAGAAGAAGUGGCCGCUCCUCGUCGCUGGAAAAGCACUGGGCGGAAUUCGGGAUUUCACCAUGGCCUCUUCAAACUGCACGCGGAUUACAUCACUUUUCAUUUUAAUGAUGCUGAGCUGCUGUGGAGUGUUCGGGCGCGCGGUGGGCACAUCGGAGCUUUUGUCACAGGAGCCACACGAAGCGACUUUACGCACGGACCGGUGCGCGGAACUGGAAGCACCUUGGCUGGAGAACACGGAAGAAGCUCGCGUGGAUAGCGGGACGCGUUUGGAGAUCAGCAUGCGGCACUUUUCCGCGAGAGCUUCACGUGGGUUGGUUUUUCCAGGAAAACCUCUGUUCGGCUUCGUCCGGCGCGUCUACCGCUGCUGUCAAGAAGGAGAAAACUGCAGGAGGCUGAAAGGGAUUCAAGGUCGCAUGAGAGGAGAUACGGGUGUGGAGUUUGUCCUCACCAGGGAGAUCUUGUCAUUAACGGUUACAAGAGCCGAGCUUCACCUUCAGCUUUCCAACCCGCAACAUCUGGACAUCCGCCCUGUGCUUCCAUCCAUGGCGAAGCACAAGCUUCCUACAAGGUACACUCUGGGGUCACGGGGUCACACCGUGGAAUUGAGAGUGGACCUGUUGUUCCUUUUCCACAGCGCACAGGAGGUCAUGGGUGGCCGAAGGCAGGGCCCCAGCUUGACAAACAUCUGGCGGGUGGCGUUUUUGUCCGGUGGAGAUCCGUCGGAUGAAAACCCCUUCGUAAAGGAUCCGCAGGACAUGUUGGGGAGUCGUCCUCUGGAUCUGGGCUUGGUCCUGGGUUGCAGUCAGGGUGGAACUGAGGUGUCAUGUAGAGCUGGUGGUGUUGAUUUUACGCACACACCUUUCAUGGCUCUUUAUUUUGGAUCAGGUUAACAGUUGGACCUGACUGUUUUUGCAUGGCAGCAUUCAUCGGUCUAUUGCCAUUACCAGCUGAACACAAAAGGAUGCACUUCAAAUGUCAAAAUGAUUAAUUUAUAGGCUAAAGCUUAUGUAAACUAUCUAUUUCUCUCUCUAUAUAUGUAAAUAUGUACAUUGUAAAUAUGACAUACUGUAAGUUUGUGUAAUUUUGUGGUUAUGAGACUCGGUCCAGCAGCAAACCGCGUGGCCUCCUCAGUCUGCUUUGUUCAGCAGCUGUCCUCCUUUAGCUACGCAUGAAUCUGCCUCGUGCUUCUAUUUAAAGAAGUUUUCACAGUUGGUGGGAAAAGAAGAAAAAAACAACACCUGGACAAACAAAGGGCUUGCACAUGUGCUUCGACCAUGCUGAACUGAGCUGCGAUUAUUCUGUUCAUUUGUGAGGACGUAUGGUUAGACCCUCGGACCCUGUGACACUUUUCUAUCCUACCUCAGAAACCGAUGAUUAUCAUCGUUCACUUUUUUUUGUGAUUUUCAUUUGUUUACUCAAAAUUUGCUUUGCUUAUGUGGUUGAACUGACCAUAAAAUAACUUAUUGGCUACACAAUAAAUCAGCUAUUAAUAAAAUUCUUUAGACGACAGUGUUGACUUUAUCUGUGUUACUGUCCCUAAAUUUAUGGCACCGAGGAACACAAGGCAUAAGAUGCCACGACGCUGCUGCCAUUCAAUAAGGGUUUCAUUAUGAAAAUAUAUACUUAUGAAGGACAAACAGAAAAUAAGAGAUGAGAGCCCCAGCUAAAAAACCCAGGCGGUCCUGAAGUGGUGCUUUGCCUGACUUGGAAGAGAUUCUUUUUUGUUUCUGGAUUCAAAAUUGUUAUUUUCUGGAACGAUUCUUUACCUUUGUGAGAUACAAUUUUGCAUCUUAUCGCCAAAUAUAUACCAAACUGAAGGACUAUGACACAAAAUGAGAUCCAGAUGUUCCUGAUGUGGUGUGGCAUGUGUGUUUUCAGCCUCUGUGGAGGUAUUCAGUUUCAGGCUUGUUCAGUUUUUAGCCUUUUUAGA